GACACCUACCAGACCAUUUUGAAUGGUUUCCAAUUCCUGACCCUUGCAACCCUUGCCACGCACAUGCACCUCCAUCUCUGGCAGACGAACCGACCCGCACACGGCUCUAGCGCCCCCUUGAGUGUUCCAAUAAGUAGUCGACUAGCGCUAGUUGUGGGUGGCCGCAUUUGCGAAGGCGUUAACGUUGGCGCAUACGCCAUAAUGGGCAGUGCUAACAAGUUGCAGAAAUUACCUCAAAUCAGGACCCCGAAAAACGACGAACGAACUCGGACGCUUGACAAAUUAGGCCAGUACAAUGAGUGUGGCAUGUGGUGUGUUUCCGAAUCAAUCUUUGCGCUUCAUCUUGACCAAACCUAUUUUGAUCAAAGACAGAACAACAUGGAGUAUUCGGCUGAAGACAUAGCAGCAGCGAGGAGCUUACAGUUCACUGCGAUCUAUGAUUAUGCAUGCUCACUUCAUGAAGAGUGGGCAUUUCUGCUUCGAUCACGUUGGUGCAAGAUGAAAAGCCUAUAUAUUGUUACGCGAUACCUCCCCUUCAUCCUUCUCGCCACGAAUCUAUAUCUGUGCUUUGCCUCCAAUGAGAACAUAGAUGAAUUUCAGGUGGUGUCGACAGUUCGAUCAGGUCUGGGCAUUGUCAUAGUCAUUGUCUCUGAAUGCUUUUUCAUCCUGAGAACAUAUGUGCUCUGGGACAGAAAUAGAAUAUUGCUCGCGGCCAUGCUGUCUACCUUUCUCACUUUUAUCAUAGUAUCCUUUGGUGUUACCUUCGCCAAUUGCAUCCCCGCAGCAUAUGUGACUAGCGCGAUCCCGGGAAUCACGGGGUACUACCUGAUUUCGGCCGGUUUCCUGUACUUCAUACCACUUGUUCUCCUUUUCGUGUUCGAACUGGGACUCGUGAUCCUCACACUCAUACACGCCAUGCAAAAAUGGCAGGAAAACCAAAGCCGUCGGUACCUUGUCCUGCUGAACCAUAACAUAUCAUAUUAUGCAUGCGGUCUUCUGUUCUCAAUAGGGAACAUCUUCACAUUGCUGCUCCUCCAGUACUCCUACCACAUUGGGUUGUUUCACUUCCAGUUUAUCAUGCAUGCAUUCCUCGCCACACACAUGCACCUCCAUCUCUGGCAGGCGAGCCAACAUCCGCAUGGCUCUACUGACGCCGUCAUGCAUAUUUCAAUGUCGGACAUUUCAUUUGCAAAUAUCGCAACAUGA